AUGGCCGACUACGACCUAUCCCAGCUCGCUUCCACGGUCCCUGGCUUUAUUAACGGGCUGUCCAGGAGAAGAAAACCCCAGGACCCCGCUUCCCUCGAGCUUGACUUCUAUUUUGACUUUUCCCUGUUCUAUGGCGAGACCCGGGGAGCGGAUCCUGACGCUCGGAGCCGCUCUGAUGCCUCCUCCACCCCAGAACUCACUUCUGGCUCGUCAGAAGAAGACGGUGCCCCUUCUCCUGGACCCAACGUUGACACCUUCCGUCUCAAAGCCGCCGUGAAGCAGGCAAAGCAGCAGGAUGAUCAUUUCACCGUCCCUCAGCGCGAACUUAGGCCCAAGGAUGCACAAUACCCGUCCAAGAUCCACCUAGACAAUGCAGCAGGCCCAAGCUUCUCAACUAUGCCAGAUGUCCACGUCCCUGCUGGGAACGGCUACAUCUCCUCGUCGCCUUCUGGUAGAGCUCCUCUCGGGUUCGAUACCUCGACGGCGAGGGACUCGAUGUCAAGCCGUGGUAAACGGUGCAGCCCUUUGCAGAACCCAGAGAAGGUCGCCGGCUGUAACGAAGGAGGUCCAUGCUCAAGUUGCGUCAACGACGCAGCAAAGCUCUGUGCCAAUGAUUGCCCCGAUCUCGCCAAGACAAUGUGCUUCCGACAUUUGCUCCCUUCGGGUGGCUCUGUGUUUCAGGCAAUCUGCAAGGCGGGUAUGCCUCGUCCACAAUACGCGUCCUCGAGUGCGACUCGGGGACAUUCGUCCACUUGGCAUGUCUCGUUCGAACCGGUCGCUCCAACAUUCCAACCUUUACAUAUAUCUGUCAAAUAUGCCGAGGGGCAGUCGACGCAGGAAUGCGUCCUAGACGCAUGUGCUCUCCAGGAGAGCCGCAUGAUUCAGUGGGCAUCAUCUCAGAUGUGCAAGGAAGGCAACAUCGACUUCCAGUCAGCUCUAGAUAUCCUCCUCGUCUAUUGCGCUGGGAAAGGCCGACUGUUCCUGCCUCACUUUGAGGUCACCAAGAAAGUUCACGAAUUGAGGUGCAUGUACAAGAUCUGGCGGCAGAGAAAGUUCUUCGUCUGCCAGCCGUAUCCUGGGUGUGAGAUGCAAGAGCUGUCGAACUCGGUCCAUCAGGCACUGAGAAACAUCGUGAAGUCAAGGAUGAAGAGCCUGGAGGUCGAUGUCUUGGAACACCUCGGAAAGCUUCCCGGUAAACUGAAGCCAGCUGAGCGCUUGCCGGUCUGGGCGUGCUUCAUGCAACUCAUACUUCUUUACCGUGAUGUUUCCAGUAUGCUUGAGUUACGAGAAUCGUAUCACUUGCAAGAAGUGCAGCAUGUAGCCAACGACCUUUUCAGCCACCUAGUCGUGAUGUGUGCUCAUCACUUCGGGAAGCAUAAACCGGAACCAGUGUCUGAAGAUGGGGGUGCCAUCAAGAACCAACUGAACGGGCAAUUCAAAGUUGUUGAAAUUCGGCGCGGCGAGUUUUGCGACUAUACUCGCGAGUACCCUAACACGCUCGACCGCCUGUUCAACACUUUUCUCGCUGAGCCACAAAAGCGCUCGAAGCGAUCAGGAGGUCCGGCGGCGAAACGAGCGAGAGUGUCCGUCUAA